GAAUGGUUGUAGUCGUCCAAGAUUCCUUUACGUAGUCAGCAGUUCUCAUGGAGCUCUGCAUUCUGAGAAGGGGGAAUACUUCGAAAUACAAAAGUCGCGUGCUACCAAAUUAAUGAGUUCUUUGCUGCCACAUUGCAAUGUUGUCGGGCAAAUUGCUGCGCGGUAUAGGCCGGCUAGGAGCCAGCUGUAGACCGCAUUUUCUGAAAAAGCUCGCGCGCGGCUGCUGUUCCGGAGAGGAUAUGUCGUCCAAGUACAUCCUGCCCAACAACCAGCCGUUCUCGCGGCUCGACUGUGAUGUGGCCUUCGGCGGCCUGACGUCCAAGCAGAAGCUAUACGCGCAUCACAUCGCGCAGGCCUCCUGGAAGGGCAGCCUGAUUGUGCUGCUUCAGACGUCUCCGGAGUCACCGCUGGCGUUUGUCCUGCUCCACCGCGUGUUCCGUCAACAGACCUGUGAUGAACUGAAGGCGGUCGCCCUGGAGAAGUGCGGCUUCACCGAGGAUGACUGGAAGGCGUUCCUGGUGUACAGCAGCUCCAUCUACUCCGAUAUGGGCAACUACCGCGACUUUGGCGACACCAAGAAGGUGCCAGGGGUGGCGCAGGAGAAGUUUGCCGCUCUGGUGCGCGCCUCACGGGCCUACGAGACCGAUAGCAAGGCCAUGGAGCGACUCCUGGACGGCUGCCUGGCGCGGCUCUACACGCUAAACGACAGCGUGGCGCAGCUCGGACUCGGGGACAAGGGAGUAACUACGUACUUCUCCGCCAACUGCACCGAGGAAGACGCCGAGAAGGUCAAACAGUACAUGAAGCACAAGAACCUGGAGCCAUACAAUAACCGACUCUUCAAGACGGUCGUCGAUGGUGUUAACCACUACGAUAUUCGGUUGGCGUCUGUGCUGAGCGACAGUGACCCGGCGCUCACCAGCGGCCCCGAGGAGUUCCAGGGAGCCAAGUUCAGCGUCACGCGCGGCGACUACUCGCCGCUACUCGCCAUGGUCGUGGAGGAACUCAAGGAGGCACGGAAACAUGUGGCCAACCCCGAGGAAGAAGGUAUGCUCUCCGAGUACAUCAAGAGCUUCACCAGUGGCUCUCUGGCGGCGCACAAGGACGGCAGCCGGCACUGGAUCAAAAACAAGGGACCGGCCGUCGAAACCUACAUCGGCUUCAUCGAAACGUACCGCGACCCGACCGGCAUGCGGGCCGAGUGGGAGGGUUUCGCCGCCAUGGUGAACGGCCCGAUGAGCGAGAAGUUCGGCCGACUGGUGAAUGCCGCCGAGACCAUCCUGCCCCGUCUGCCCUGGCCAGAGACGUACGAGAAGGACCGUUUCCUGAAGCCGGACUUCACCAGUCUGGACGUGCUGGCGUUCGCUGGCAGCGGCGUGCCGGCCGGCAUCAACAUUCCAAACUACGACGAGAUUCGCCAAGAGGAGGGCUUCAAGAACGUCUCGCUGGGGAACGUCAUCAUGGCGGCGUACUCGGCGGCCGUGCUGCCCUUCCUGGGCACAGAGGACGCAGAGCUGAUGCGACAGUACCGCACGCAGGCAUUCGAGGUCCAGGUCGGUCUGCACGAGCUGUUUGGCCACGGCAGCGGUAAGCUGUUCCAGAAGGACAAGGAUGGCAAACUCAACUACGACGCGGCUGUGGUGAAACACACUGAGACCAAUGAACCGAUCUCGAGCUGCUACUCGCCGGGCGAGACGUACGAUAGUAUGUUUACCGACCUGGGCUCGUCAUACGAGGAGUGCCGCGCAGAGUGUGUCGGACUGUACCUCUCCCUAGAGGAGGAUGUCAUGGACAUCUUUUCGGUGGCCGAGUCGCUGCGGCCCACGCUCGUCUACGUCAACUGGCUCAGCCUGCUCUACAACGGGCUGGCCAAGGCGCUCGAGAUGUACUCCACAGAGACCAAAAAGUUCAUGCAGGCACACAGCAGAGCGCGGUACGUGAUCCUGCGGGUUCUGUUGGAGCACGGCGAGGGCGUCGUUGACAUCAAAGAGGUCAAGGACGCCGACGGCAAGCCCGACCUGCUGAUGACCGUCGACAAGGAGAAAAUCUACACCUCCGGCAAAAAGGCCAUCGGCGACUUCCUGCGCAAACUCCAGGUGUACAAGGCGACGGCGGACGUUCCGGCGGCGCGCGCCAUGUUCGACCACUACUCGGAGGUGCCAGAGAGCGGGCCGCACCCGUUCGCCAACUGGAUACCCAUCAUCCUGGAGAAGAAGCAGCCGCGCCGCUUCCUCGUGCAGGCGCACACAGAGCUCAAAGGGGACGACGUGGCGCUGCACCAGUACGAGCCGUCUGCCGGGGGUCUGAUCCAGUCGUUUGUGGCGCGGUUCCCGGACCCUGUGAUCGAGGACCGGCUGUUGGAGCUCCACCAGAAGGACGCCGCCCACUUCCCCUGAACGGCCACAUCCUCUCCGACCCGCCGCCGUCGCCGCCCCCAUCCGCUGUGAUGACCGUCCAAUACACGGUCAGUCCAAUCAGA